GACCAGGAGGCAGUAGCAUAGAUAUAUUCUAUUUAUACAAACUAAAAAUCUUGUUCCCGGCACAGCAGGAGAGGAGAGAAAGGCCCACAGUUCCAUUUAGAUUGAAGAAUGGGAGCCGUGAAGAUCUGGGACGCCAUGGAAGUUGCAGAGGAAGCUCGGGAGAACUGCUGCUCCGAAAUUCACUCUUCCCAUACCACCGUCGACACCUCCCUCUCUUUCCCCCAAAUGACUCCUAAGAUCAUAGAGCUGUGCAAGGAUCUGUUCAAGAAAUGGUCAAAUUUGGACGAUUCACAAUUUUCUGUUGAGACCAUAUCGGGUGGCAUUACAAAUUUGUUGCUGAAGGUAUCCGUUAAGGAGGAAAAUGGAAAUAGUACAUGUAUGACAGUUAGGCUGUAUGGUCCUAACACCGAAUAUGUUAUCAAUCGUGAACGUGAAUUGCAGGCCAUUGGGUACCUCUCAGCUGCUGGUUUUGGUGCGAAGCUGCUUGGAGUUUUUGGAAAUGGCAUGGUUCAAUCUUUUAUCAAUGCACGGACACUAACUCCAUCAGACAUGAAAAUCCCAAAGCUGGCUGCUGAAAUUGCCAAGCAACUUCGUAAAUUCCAUCAAGUGGAAAUUCCAGGUUCUAAAGAACCACAACUAUGGAUUGACAUCUUCAAGUUCUUUGAGAAAGCAUCCACCCUUAAAUUUGAUGAUAUUGAGAAGCAGAAGAAGUAUAAGGAAAUUUCAUUUGAAGAAGUUCAUAAUGAAGUUGUUGAACUCAAGGAGUUAACAGACCGCCUUAAUUCCCCUGUGGUGUUUGCUCACAAUGACUUACUUUCUGGGAACUUAAUGCUCAAUGAUGAUGAAGGGAAACUAUAUUUUAUUGAUUUUGAAUAUGGAUCAUACAGUUACAGAGGCUUUGACAUUGGAAAUCACUUCAAUGAAUAUGCAGGCUAUGACUGUGACUACAGCUUAUACCCAACUAAGGAUGAACAAUAUCAUUUCUUUAGGCAUUAUCUAGCGCCUGACAAACCAAAUGAGGUAUCUGACAAAGAUCUCGAAACCCUCUAUGUUGAGGCAAAUACUUUCAUGUUAGCUUCACACUUGUAUUGGGCUUUGUGGGCAUUAAUCCAGGCAAAGAUGUCACCGAUAGAUUUUGAUUAUCUUGGUUAUUACUUCCUGAGAUAUGAAGAGUAUACAAAGCAGAAAGAGAAAUGCCUCUCAUUGGCACGGUCUUACCUUUCAGCAUCCAGGGAUGAGUAAAUGUUGAGCACAUUAUCAGGUGGCCUUUGUAUGACAUGAAUUUGUAGCACAAGCUCUCUGAGCUUCUACUUUGAUAUUCUUGUAAAAAUAUUCUUUUGUAGCAACUUCCCGGACAAAGAAACUUGAAAUUGAAUUAUUAAAAAAUAUCAUUUAUUUCA